AUGCGCCGCAAAUACGCGCAACCGGCUCUUCCUACGCUUUACUUCAGAGAUGGCAUCCUAUCUGUCCCUGGAUACACUUUCGAGAAGGCUGUACCAUGGGAGGACACGGGCAGCAUGACCCUCCUCGCGGAGGGCACAAAUCUGCAGGACGGCACCAGCGUCCUCGCCAAGAUUGUGCCCGCACACUCGAACGCGUCUAUGCUGCUCGAGCGCGAGGCCCAUAUCCUCGAGAAAAUGGCCGCCUAUCCCGAGUCGUCAAGUACGACGUUACGAAUGAUCGACUUCUUCACGAUACCCAAGACGAACGGAGACUGUGUUGUUCUCCUCCUCUUCCACCCCGGCCUCAACAUCCUCGGCCGCUACUUCCCACCUGCGAAGGUGAACAGCCUGCUCCUCGGUGACAUCUCACGCGCCCGCCCGGCGUCAACACAUCGCGAUAUCUACAUGUCUGGAGUCGAGGAGCCAUACAUCAUGGAAGAGAUGGAGGCCAUAGAGAUCAUGGACCUGGCGACGUUCCUGGAGUUUGCGAUUCAGGCGACGCAUUGUUUAGAGAUGAUGCACCGGCACGGGCUCAUCCACCGAGAGGUGCGCGCCAACGCUUUUCACCUGAAUCACCACAGCGGUUUGGUGCGGGUCGUCCAUUUCGGAAACCGCGCAGUUUCGCUGGAGCAGUUUGGCGUGCCCUCGGAGUUCGUGCUGAAGGCGGAUGCAUUCGAGGAGGUGCAGAAGCUCAAGGUGAAGGAGGCACUGUGCUAUUUUGCGCCGGAGCAGACGGGGAGUAUGGAGAACCUGGCGGAGGACCACCGGACAGACUUGUACUCCCUUGGGAUUAUGUUCUGGACAUUGUUGGUAGGUCGGGGGACGAUGCCCUUUGAGGGCGGGCCUUUGGAGCUGUUGCAUGCAGUGGUGCAGAAGCGGCCGAUGCCAGUCCAUGAAGUCCGCCGUGACAUUCCGCAGGUCCUCGCGAUGAUCAUCGAGAAGCUGCUGUCCAAAUCGCCGGAUGCACGGUAUCAGAGUGCGUACGGGCUAAAGCAGGACCUCCUCGAGUGCCAGAGGCGGCUCCUCGCUGCGGUCGCCCUCUCCUCGGACGAGCCGGCGGAGCUCAUCCCCUACUUCGACAUCGCCAUGCAGGACCGGUGCUUGGAGUUCACGAUGCCCAGCCCCCUGUUCGGCCGCGACAAGGAGCUCGAGACGAUCCGGAACAUCAUCCGGCACACGUCCACGAGCUACUCGCGCCAGCUCGCGACCUCGCGCGGGUCGUUCGUCGUCAGCUCGAACGGCUCGACGGGCAGCCCCGAGGACCCGAGCGACUCGCAGUCGUCCAAGAGCGAGGCGUCCGGCCACAUGAACAUGUCCCCGGACUCGCCCCAGUCCAAGGUGUCGUCGAUCGAGUUGCCGGGGGCGCCGGGGUCGGGCACGGUGACGUCUGGGUCGACGAUCCCGACGAGCGACGGGCUGCGGAGGGUCGCGUUGGCGCCGUCCCAGGGACGGGCGAGGACGCAUGCGGCCAUCAUUGUGGGUCCAGCUGGCGCCGGCAAGAGCUCGCUGAUCUUGGCGCAGCAAGCGAAAUGGAGAUCACAUGGGCUGUGGGGACAGGCCAAGUUCUCAGAAGUCGAGCCGGGUCCGUUCGCAUCGCUGCUCGCGUGCCUGUCGCAUGUCCUCAGGCAGCUCAUCGUCUUCCACUCGGAUCUUCACCGCUUCGUCACCGACCUCAAACGACGGCUAGGGCCGCAGAUGCAGAACGUUCCCCUUUUGUACGAAGGCGCCCCCGAGCUGAAGACGAUUUUCUCGCUCUUCAACAUCUCGAUCGAGCCCACGCAAGAGGCCUCGGAGGCGCACGAGCUUCCUGCUCGCUUCCAGUCGCUGGUUGAGACCGUGUUUUCGGUGCUUUCGGAGACGCGGCUGUUGGCGCUGUUCUUGGACGAUCUGCAUGAAGCCCCAGAUUCCUCCCUGGAGCUCAUCAGUGCUUUGGUGAACUCUCGGACAAGGCUGUUGAUCUUUGGCACCGUACGGUCGGACAAGCCAGAGAAGUUUGACCGGAUCCGACACACCUUCUCCACGAAGUCGACUACCUGGAUCAAUCUGGAGCCCCUAGGUUAUCCCGCUGUAUCUACACUCAUCGCUCGCACACUACACCGAUCAAAGGAAGACGUCUCCCAUCUGGCACGCAUUGUGCAUUCCUCCUCCGAAGGCAACCCGUUCUCCGCCAGGAACAUCCUUACCACACUGCAUCGUCAGAGUCUGAUAUGGUAUGACUGGGACAAGAACAACUGGCAGUUCGACAUUGGCAAGAUCGAGAAGACGCUGUUCGACAAGAAGUUCAAGUCCGCUGCCCCAGGAGACCUGAACUUCCUGAUCAGCCACCUGCGGGAGCUGCCAGAGGACGCGCGCAAGUUUGUCAUCUGGGCGUCGUUCUUCGGACCAACGUUCAAGGUGGCCGAGGUCGCGCUGCUCAUGGACUGGGACGACUCGGGCGAGAGCAGCGGGAGCAGCACCGAGGACGAGCAGAGGGGCGACCUGUGGAACGUGACGAAGGCGGUGAAGGAGAUCAAGGAGAGGGAGAAGGAGACGAGCUCGACCCGGCGGUCCAUCCGCGGCCUGCAGACCGCCAUCACCGAGGGCUGGCUCAUCCAGCGCGCCCGCGACAUGUGCAGCUUCUCGCACGACCGGUACCGCCAGGCGGCGCAGGUCGAGGCGGAGGCGCAGUCGGAGGAGGUCAUCGCGAAGAUGUCGUUCAGGAUCAUUCUCAUGAUGUUGCACGAUGCGACACCGGAUAUUUAUCGUAUCACCGAGCAUGCCAAGCGGUGUCUACCCCUGCUUCGGGAGUACUCUAAGCGUGACGAGCUUCUUGAGAUGUCUAUUGAAGCCGGAGACUCUGCCAGAGCGCGAGGCGCACAUGAGCUUGCGCUCCAAUCAUACAUGAACGCUCGUUCGCUCCUUGACGAUGAUCCGUGGAAGACUGAUCCAGUACGAACAGCUUCUUUGUACAUGCGUCUGGCGGAGCUCUACACCUGGAAGGCGGAGUUCACCUUGUCCGACAAUUUUAUACAGGAGUGCCUACAGCACUGCGAGCAGCCAGAGGAGAAGGCGCGGCUGCUCCGCCUCCGGUCACGUAAUCACUGGAUGCGGGGUAACUACACAGCGGCGUUGAAUGACAACACGCUCGGUCUACACCUCCUGGGCGUCGAAGUGAACGCGGCUCCCACACGCCGAGAAGCCGACAUCAUGUUCGAGCAAGUGAAGAAUGAGAUUCUCGCGGUAGGGUUCGAUGACAUCCUCGCCAUACCCCGCGCGCGCGACAGCCGCACGGAUUUGGCUAUAGCUCUACUCAACGACGCCGGCACGAACGCUUACUGGAGCAAGGGGGAAGGUUUCGCGGACAUUAUCGGACUGACGACAAUUCAGCUCGCGUUGCGGGCUGGGAUGUGUCCGGGUACUGCCCUCGGCUUCUUUUGGGCCCUAGGAGAACGACGCGAGCUAUUCCGAUUCUCCGCCGACCUCGGCAAGCUGGCCUUGCGUAUCGCGGACACUUACGGAACGAACUUCGAGAAGUGCCGCGCUUUGCUCUUGUUCUCCAUCAUGGUCUCCGGCUUCGACAAUGUGCAUAUCCGCGCGAACGUCCCGCGGCUGGAGCAAGCGAUCAAAUAUGGCCAGAGCGCAGGCGAUAGGAUAUACACGGGCUUCGCUACUGCACACCUCAUCGUGACGAGGCUGUAUAUAUGCGACCAUCUGAGCGAGCUCGUCAUCGGGGCUGAAGAAGCGGUGUCCGACAUCACAUUGUGGACGCCUAGCGGCGACAUGUCCAUCCUGGCUCAGGGCACCUUGAAUUGCAUCCGCGCCAUCGGCGGCUACACCGUCGCUGGUGCUCCGGAGACGGCGUUCGACACGGAGGGGUUCAUCGAGGCUGAGUACCUGGUUCAAUUGGAGUCCGUAGAGCAACUGCGAACCGCGAUGAACUGGUACAACUCGUUCAAGCUCGUUGGCUUGUAUUGCCUUGGUUUCGUCGAGGAAGCGGCAAAAUUGGGAUUCAACGUGUACGAGACACGCGAUACCAACCCGAACCAUCGACAUACCCGCUAUUCCCUCUUUUUUCACUGUCUCGCGCUGAUCGACUGCGUGCGGCGAGGAACGGUCACCCCGGAAGAACGCACUCGCUACAUCAAGCAGAUUGAGACCAAUCAGUCGUACAUUCGGAAGUGGCUGUCGCCGAGCCCGGUUAACACGAGCACUUGGGUAGCCCUCGUCGAUGCGGAGAUGGCUUCGUUGACCAACAAUCCCGACGCGUUCAAGUUAUACGAUGUUGCGGUCAAGCUUGCCGUGAACAACGAUUGGUUGCUCGAGGGCGGGCUGGGACUGUUCCUGCAAGGGAGCCAUUUCGUGCGAUGUGGUGUGGAGGGUCUCGGAAGCGAGCUGCAGCGUCGCGGCAUCGCUAGGCAAGCUCAAUGGGGGGCGAGGGGCCUCGUCACCUACCUCUCUUCACUCCUCGAGACGCGCGCUCAGCCUGUACCCCUCAAGCGACACAUCUUUUCCGCAGAUGUCGCCGUGCAGACGGACAGCGUCGUCAUUUCUGCGCAGCCCACGCUACAAGGACCGUUCGAACGAACGAGUCUGGAUGCCUCCGAGGAAGAGCAGAUCUCCACGUUGACGGCAGCCGACCUCGCGUCCAUCCUCAAGUGGAGCAAGGAGAUCUCGGGGGACAUUAACCUUUCGAUGGCUCUCCAGAGGUUGACCGAGAUCGCCACCGAGAUCUCCGUCAGCCAGAGCACAUGUGUCGUCAUUGCACGAGAGGCAGGAGACUACACGGUCGCCACCAGUAUGAAUCCUCCGGAAGCGUGCAAGGUCCACGAGAACCCGAUGCCUAUUCGUUCCAUUUCCGAUCCGCUGCGGAGAAUGAUCAUUCAACAUGCUUUGAACUCGAAGGAGCGGGUCUACUACGAAGACAUCGCGUCUGAACCCCGCUUCGCUACGGAAGCGCAGCAAAGCCCCCACCGGUCUGUUAUCUGCAUCCCGAUCUUCAGCAACCGUGGGCAGACGUUCGGCGUUGUCUAUCUGGCUUCGAAAUACGCCUUCGCUCCAAACGUCGUUACCAUGUUGACCUUGCUCUGCCAACAAGCGAGUGUAGGAAUCUCGAACGCUCUGUUGUUCCGUUCAGUGCAGGCGGGGACGAAGGAAAACUUAAAGAUGAUCUCGGCUCAGAGGGACGCGCUUGAAGCAGCUAGGAAGAGCCGUGAGGAUGCCCUCAAGGCCACGAAGAUCAAGAGCAACUUCUUGGCUUCGAUGAGCCACGAGUUGCGCACGCCCUUCAGUUCUUUCUACGGUUUGCUUGAUAUCCUCAGCGGUACCGAACUCAAUGCUGGUCAGCGGGAGAUCGUUCAAACUGCCAAACAGUCUUGCGAGCUCUUGUUGAAGAUCAUCGACUCCAUCCUCGAUUACAGCAAACUCGAGGCCGACGCCGUGAAGUUGGAAUACUCUGGGUUCUCCGUUGAGAACUUGUUGGCGGAUUGUAUGGAGUUGCUCCUUCCUAUGGCUGCCAAGAAACUCGAUCUGUCGUUCGACAUCGAGCCCAGCGUUCCACCUUGGGUCAAAGCGGACUACGCGCGUAUUCGUCAAGUGCUCAUGAACCUGAUCGGCAAUGCCGUCAAGUUCACCGCGACUGGCUUCGUGCAAGUGGCGUGUUCGGUUGACACUACGGCCCCGCGUACUGCCACAGACGUGUCUCUGAAGUUCUCAAUACAGGAUACCGGUAUCGGCUUGGGUCCGAGCGAUGUCGACCAGCUGUUCGUCCCCUUCCAGCAGGCUGACAACUCGUCAACCCGACGCUUCGGCGGCACUGGCUUAGGCCUCUCUAUUUCGCGACAACUGGUCAAGUUGAUGGGAGGAGUGAUCGGCGUCCAGUCUGAGCUCGGAGCCGGUUCAACGUUCUGGUUCACCAUCCCAGUCAAGAUCUUCGAGUCAGAAGAGUCGCGACAAAUGCAGUCGGCGGUCGAGAAAACCGUCAUGCACUUGCAGCCGCUGCGGCUGCUAGUGAGCUCUGCUUCCUCCGCGACACUCUCUAUGCUACGAACAAUGCUAGACGGCUUCGAUGUCACCACCGUCGGAUCUAUUGAUGAGGUCGAAAGGCGCUUACGCAAUCCGGAGCUCGUCUCUCAGCAGCUGGACUUUAUCCUCGUGGAUGAUCAGUCAGAAGUGCGCGCGGACAACCUCGCGCGGUUCGUACGGACACUGCCAUACCAGACGAUGCAAGAAACGAAGAUCAUCCACCUCUUCACUCCCACCACCGAUAACCUUGCAGGGGCCCCGAUGCUCAGGAACGAUAUGGAGACUCCGCCUGGUAUCGUGCGAAUGACGAAGCCUCCGAGACAGUUCAAGCUCCUGCAGAUGCUAGCAACUCUGAAGAACAUCCUCGAUAAGCUUCCGUUCAAACCUGUGGUCAAUGCUUCCGAAUUGCGCGAAGAGGAGGCUUUGGCGCAGCGGACGUUGUUCGGCAAUGUGCUCGUGGCGGAAGACAAUCCUGUGGCACAAAAACUGCUGAUGAAGCAGCUGGAGCGAUAUGAGCUCAAUGUAGUCGCGACGUCCAAUGGGGAAGAAGCGAUUGCAGAAUGGGAACGUCACGAGCCUGGGUACUUCAGCAUCGCGAUGUUCGACCACCACAUGCCAAUAUGUGACGGCGUCGAAGCCUGUAAACGAAUACGCGUACUCGAGGGGAAGCGCAAAGUACCUGUUUUAUUGCCGAUUGUUGCUUUGAGUGCGGACUGUCAAGAGUCGACGAAGCAGCUAUGUCUGAGCUCAGGAAUGAAUGGCUUCUUGAGCAAACCGCUGAAGAAAACCGAUUUGCUGUCGUUGCUCGGAAUGUUUGACCCUUCGAUUCCUAUACAACGACCCUCCCCACCACCUACACCGCCGUAA